CUGUCAGCAAAGGGUGGGGGGAGAGAGAAGGAAGAAAAGGGAGAGACACCAAAUGGGUCAAGCUAGAAAAGAGGAUGAAAGAGAAUAAACAGGAGGUAGACAAUUGAAGCAGUAGUGUGAAGAUUGUUGGAUUUGUGUCAAAUUUCCAAUGAUCUGUUGCCUGCGACUGGGGGAGGAGGAUAGAGGGGUGAGGAAAAGAAAAAGAUAGAGGGGGGAACGUACAAGCAGAGGGCGAGUGAGAAAGACCUCAGCAGGCAGUGUUGGACAGAAAGGCUGCAGACUCCUCUCUGGCUCCACUGAGCAUACUGAGUGGCAGAUCUGCAUGUUGAAGCAACCUAUUGAAAACACAGAGCAGCUCACAGCACACUGCACAUUUCAUUCCUAGCACGUCCCUAGCUUUUUUUUUUUUUUUUUUUUUUCCUUUUGCCUCAGCCUCAGUAGGAGCAGAUAGGAAGAGAAAGGCAGAGAGAGAGGGAGAGCAAGCAAUCCUUAAACUCAGCUUUUUAUCCCCCUCAGAUGUGCUAAAUAUUGUCCUGCAAACUGCUUUUCUAAUUAAUCAGCAAUGAAACCAUCUUCAGCAGAAACUCGUCUUAAAGGACGGAUGUUGUGGAUAAUUCUUCUAAGCACAAUCGCUCUUGCAUGGACUACACCAAUUCCCUUGAUUGAGGAUUCAGAGGAAAUAGACGAGCCUUGCUUUGAUCCUUGCUACUGUGAAGUGAAGGAGAGCCUAUUUCACAUUUAUUGUGACAAUAAAGGAUUUACAAAUAUUAGUCAGAUUACAGAAUACUGGUCAAGACCUUUCAAACUUUAUCUUCAAAGAAACUCUAUGAGAAAAUUGUACACCAACAGUUUUCUGCACCUAAACAAUGCUGUGUCUAUAAAUAUGGGGAACAAUGCAUUGCAGGACAUUCAGGCAGGAGCUUUUAACGGUUUGAAAGUUUUGAAGAGGCUAUACCUGCAUGAAAACAAACUCGACAGUUUUAAAAAUGACACGUUCCUAGGGCUGGAAAGCUUGGAAUACCUUCAGGCAGAUUAUAAUGUCAUUAAACGGAUUGAGAGUGGGGCCUUCAGAUACUUAAAUAAACUGAGAGUAUUAAUUCUAAAUGAUAACCAUAUCCCAUUGCUUCCAACAAAUUUAUUCAAGUCUGUGUCUUUAACACAUUUGGACUUGCGUGGAAAUAGGUUAAAGAUACUAUUCUACAAAGGUAUGUUGGAUCAUAUUGGUAGAAGCCUAAUGGAGAUCCAACUUGCUGAGAAUCCAUGGAAUUGCACCUGUGAGAUUUUGCAGCUAAAGAACUGGCUAGAACGUAUACCAUAUACUGUUCUGGUCGGAGAUAUUACAUGUGAAAGUCCAUUUCAUUUUCAUGGCAAGGAUCUGAGGGAUAUAAAACGUAGUAAGCUCUGCCCCUCAUUAACUGAAAGUGAAGCUGAAAUAAGUUGGGGGAUUCCCCAGAUACCAUCUAGCAAAGAAAAUGCAUGGCCAACAAAACCAUCCUCUAUGCUGUCUUCUUCUCAUGUCACUGCUUCAUCUGUGGAGUACAAGUCAUCUAAUAAACAACCGACAACCACAAAGCAACCUAGAGCUCCCAAGCCUCCACCAACACCUAGAGGUCUGUAUCCAGGCCCAAACCAACCCCCUAUAGCGGGAUAUCAGACGCGACCACCCAUUCCAAUUAUAUGUCCUACUGGCUGUUCAUGUAGUUUGCAUAUUAAUGAUUUGGGAUUGACUGUCAAUUGUAAAGAGAGAGGAUUUCACAACAUAUCAGAACUUCUACCCAGGCCACUCAAUGCUAAAAAGCUCUACUUAAAUGGUAACUUAAUUCAGAAAAUUUACAGGUCGGAUUUUUGGAAUUUUUCUUCUUUGGAUUUAUUACAUCUGGGAAAUAACCGCAUAUCGUAUGUGCAAGAGGGAGCCUUUGUUAAUCUCCCCAAUUUGAAAAAUUUGUAUCUGAAUGGGAAUGACAUUGAGAGGCUAACUCCUGGCAUGUUCAGGGGUUUGCAAAGUUUGCAUUAUUUAUACUUUGAAUAUAACACCAUAAGGGAAAUCCAGCCUGCUGCUUUUAGUUUGAUGCCAAAUCUGAAACUGCUCUUUCUCAAUGACAAUCUGCUCAGAACCCUUCCAACUGACACUUUUGCUGGCACUUCUUUGUCCAGACUUAAUCUGAGAAAUAACCACUUUCUUUACCUUCCUGUCACAGGGGUUUUGGAGCACCUUAAUGCUAUAGUUCAGAUUGAUCUCAAUCAAAAUCCAUGGGAUUGUACCUGUGACAUUGUUCCUUUAAAGCAGUGGAUAGAAACCAUCAGCUCAGUCAUUGUUGUUGGAGAGGUUUUAUGUGCAAGUCCUGAAAAUCUGACAAAUAAGGAUCUAAAAUCAAUUGACAUGAAAGUUUUGUGUCCAGAAUUACUCGAUUCUGAAGCUGCUGCUUCACCUGCUCUGCCUGGUAACAUGGUGCCGACAAGUUCAUCAGUAUUUGAGUUUACCACACCAGGGGGUGCCAUUCCACUGUCUGUCCUUAUCCUCAGUCUUUUAAUUCUUUUUUUCUCAGCUGUUUUUGUGGCAGCAGGUCUGUUUGCUUUUGUACUAAGAAGGCGUAAGAAACUGCCUUUCCGGAAGAGACAAGAGGUGGAUUUGACUGGCAUUCAGAUGCAGUGCAGGAUCUUUGAGGACAGGCAGAGCAACUCCCCAGAAAAGGCCCCUGGUCAUGUCUAUGACUACAUCCCACACCCAGUAACCCAGAUGUGCAACAAUCCCAUUUAUAAGCCCAGAGAAGAAGAAAUGGGAGAGCAAUUUUCAGAGACAAAGGAAAAUAACACCAAUUACAGGACUUUAAUAGAAAAAGAGAAAGAGUGGACUAUGGCAGUAUCAAAUUCCCAGUUAAAUACAAUAGUCACUGUAAAUCAGUCUGGGGACAUACCAAGUUUUCAUGAAAAUGGGGUAAUUUUUCCUGGUGUAAUCGAUCGAGAAAGGCCAGCUCCCACAGUGGGCUUUGUGGACUGCCUUUAUGGCACUGUACCCAAAUUAAAGGAACUGCACGUGCACCCCCCUGGAAUGCAAUAUCCUGAUUUGCAGCAGGAUGCCAGAUUAAAAGAAACCCUUCUUUUCUCAACUGGAAAGGGGUUCUCAGACCAAACCCAAAGUGAAUACCUCGAGUUAAGGGCCAAACUCCAAACAAAGCCAGAUUACCUCGAAGUCCUGGAAAAAACAACGUAUAGGUUCUAGUAUAGCAUCAUUUCAUAGUGCCCACAAACGCAUGAUUGAAGACGAAACCGUUGUGCUCCCCAAAUUGUUUUGGAGGAAGGGCCAUACUCUAAUCAUACUUAAUUGAAGUGCCUUUGCAGACUUUUGCCAGCAAUGUUAUCAAUCAUUAUUUUUUAUAUAGGAGUCUAAGAAACUUGACUGUGCCAUGUAAGGUAUGGGGAGAUUUGUACUGAUCCUGGUAAAUAAUUCCACGUGUCUUUUUUGGCAGUAACUUAUUUUUUUUCUCUAGGGGGGAAUAGGAUGGCAUUGUGGCUUCCUUACACAAAGAAACGCCCAUGGCACAAAUCCUGUAUAUUGAUGCAGUUUGCUGCAUGCCUAAAAACUGCAGGGGAGGGUAAUGCUCGAAUGUUCUCACCCAAAACAUCAUUAUAUUUCCUAAAGCAACAAGACCCUGGAGUUACUGCAAUGCUUUAUUGUUCAACGUUUAUUUGAUUUAUCACAAUUUCCCAGUGCAGAAAAGCAAUGAUAUUCCAAACACCCGGGGAUCAACAUGAUGGGAUUUUCUGCAGCUCAUUGCAUUUUCUUUUUCUUUUCUAAAAAAAAUUGAUUUCCUUUUCUUUUUUUUAAGAAAUGCUACUGGGUAUGUAUCACUAACAGCUUUGUAGGAAGCACUUUUAAUGUUCUCUCCCCUCCUUACUCCUCAGCCUACCCACAUAAACAAAGAUUUAAACAAAUGUGCAUAUAUUUAUUCUGUAAUUUCAGUGACUAUUAAUUGUAAAGGUAAUGUUUAAUCAAUGUAUAGUGAUUAUGCGUCUGGUACAGCUUUCCUAAUAAAAUAAUUUAAAUGAUACAUAUACAGAUAUAUACAAAAAAAAACCUGGCUUGAUGAUACAGUUUAGCUAUGCCCAACCUAGUGUAUUUCUACACAAAAGGUCAACACAUAAACCACUGCUUCACUGAAAUCAGUUCGGCAGCAUGGGUUCAAGCACUAUGGGUGAUUCCUAAACAGGCUACUGAAUGGCAUUUCCAUACGAUUCAUACCCCAGGGGACUCAGAACUGCUUUUCUGUAGAUUUAUCAGUAGGAAAGAUAUUAAUAAUGUAAAGAGAGAAUACAGGCAAAAUCCUAUACAAAUGAAGUAAUUACUCAACAAGACAAGGUCAUUUACUUUAUUUAUAAACUGUAUUUUGAAAAAUGAGAUUUCUGGUGCACACUCUUUUGUUAUUUAUCUUUGGCUUUCCUCCUGGUGCCAUAGCCCAUACCGGUUAAAGUUACAAUGCAUUACUGCAAUAAUAUUAAUGUUGUUAUGAGUUAUUCACUAUACAUUACAAACUGUGUUCUGUAAAAAUAGACAUCAAAUGAAAAAAAGAGGUUAUAAAUCCUCAAGGGAACCCAAAGAAUAGCUAUUUUUCCUUUGUAAGUUAUCCAAGUUUGUAGGAGCUGGUUAAAAUAAGAAUGCAUUCAUGCAACUGAACAGGAGGGGGAGCUUUAGUCUUAAAAUUAUACAUUUGGCAGCCAGUUCCUUUGUAGAUCUGCAUUCACCCACGUCCAGCAAUUCAGCCACCCCCAGAUGUCUUUUCCUUGGCUUUAUUUUCUGUCUAAUAUAGUUCCUUAAUAUAACCAUUACUGCACACCGAAUGUAAAUUGUAACACAUCGCAAAUGCCUUAUAUCAAAAGGAAGGGAGAAUGUGGGAAAACAGAGAGUUGUCUUAUUUUGUCUUUUCCGUGAAAUCAUCUGCCCUCUUGAUUUAUUACACAUUGAUAUAUUUUAUUUUUUGACCACUGUGAUAUUCCUCUCUCUCUCUUUAGCAAAUGUUAGUCUCUCCUGUUAUAGCUUUAUUUAUAAUCCUUUACAUGCAUAUUGUUCUGUACAUUUAGAAUGUAGGUAGGGGGAAUUAUUCCUAUUGUCUGCUCAGGUUACCAAGGUUUAAUGAAGUGAAACAAUUUUCUCUCAAAGAGAUGAAGAGACAUUUAAUGUGCAAUAUAUAGUUCAGCAGCUGUCACAUAGUUUAAUGGAAUCCCCCAGAUCAUAGAUGCUAGCAUUGUGGUCCCCUGGCCAUUGUGAACUACAAGCAUCUGCAUCCCCACAGGAUGCUGGGAUGUGUAGUUCGCAAGCAGCACAAAAGCCACAAGCUUGAUAAUUGUGCCCUAGCUGACUUCUGAUUCAGUAAGCAGACGUGACAUGUAUCAUCAUUACUCUUAAGGAUACGUUGGGGCUUCAUGUGUUUAUUUCAUACAUUUCCUCGGUUCUGUUGUUUGACCACGAUUCUGAAAUGUGUAUGUUUUAAAUUAUUCUGUGUUUCCAAAAGCUUGAUUUACUGGCAUCUUAUUCAUUUUGUCCUGACAGGUUCUAGAAACAUAUUAUUCACUGUAAAAUGUGUCUUGCUGCAUUCAUUACUUCUAUUUAUAGAGAGCAUGCACUCAUUUGAAGGCUAAAUUAAAGUGCAAGGCCAGCUAUAAAAUAUCACUAAAGAUUCAUUUAUUGUGGGCAUGCAUUAGGCAGAAGAAUUUCUUUAUUUUCUGUUUUUCGACCAGUACCAGCUUUCUGUGUUGCUAAUGCUGUAUCCAUCUGAGACAUGAACUCGCCUAAUCCAUAGCAAACUAUAAUGCCGCUGUGUUUAUAUCUCUAUUUUGUUUUAACCGAUGAAGCAGGACACAGGCAAGAAAUUUCCAUCCACCUGGCAGCAAAUCCCCCCAUUUGGGAGGAAAAUAUAUUUAUUCUGUGAAAAUAAUUUUAUUAUGGAAGAAUGGAUAUUUUUAAAUAAAAGUGAUAUGGGCUUUUUUUUUUGUUUUUAUUCUUGCUAUAUUUUGCUGAGGGGCACAUGCUCCUCUUUUAGAAUCUAUAAGAUAAAGCUCUAUUUGGAUUGUCAUGUGGGUGUCUGAAAGUAUUGAUGCUACUGCUGGUUGGUUUGCAAUACUGUAUGAUUUGCAGAGACGAUAUUAGAUGUCUUACCGGACAGAGAUCAUUGUAUGUUUCAGUUCACUGAUGCUGAUUUCAUGUUUUCUAGCAAUCAAUAAUGAAGUCACAAGCCUUACCUUUAUAAAUAAAAAUGAUUGGCACUGCUAAUGAGAAAUGACAAUAUAA